UGUAGUUGCAUUAGUUAAACUCCCACCAGUCUUCAACAAUUUUCUUUACUCCACACUCGUCACAUGUUUUUGUUUUGCAUUGCACAACCCACGAGGCAGCGGCUUCAACAACAUCAACAACAACACUGCAUUGAAAAUUUGUUUAUUUGCUGCUUCGAGUGUAAAAUAAUUCAAGUAAUCAAUCAAAUUGUGUUGGUAAAUAGUUUAAACAACUCCUUGAAAAAGUUUACAGCCGGGCUACAACUUUGGCUGCUACUAAAAAGUGACGAGAAGCAAAAACAAAAACGAGAAACGAGCGUGCACGUUGCUAACCACAAAUAAAAAUAUUGUUGAAAGAAUUGUACCUAAAUUUUAAACAACAUGUCCCAAUCUUUCGACUUAGAUCGCCAGAUCGAGCAGCUGAAGCGGUGCGUAGCCCUCGGGGAGAACGAGGUGCGAGUCUUGUGCCACAAAGCCCGUGAGAUUCUCGUUGAAGAGGCGAAUGUACAGCGUGUGGACACACCCGUGAUUGUUGUCGGUGACGUGCACGGACAGUUCUACGAUGUCAUGGAGCUGUUCCGCAUUGGCGGCGAUGUGCCCGCCAACAAUUAUCUCUUUCUAGGUGACUUUGUGGAUCGUGGAUUCUACAGCGUGGAGACAAUCCAGCUGCUGCUGGCCCUGAAGGUGCGCUAUCCGGAUCGCAUUACUUUGAUACGCGGCAAUCACGAGUGUCGCCAGAUCACCCAGGUCUAUGGGUUCUAUGAUGAGUGCCUGCUCAAGUAUGGAACCUCGGCCGUCUGGCGCUACUUCACGGAAGUCUUUGACUAUCUGAGUCUUUCGGCCAUCAUCGAUGGCAAGAUAUUCUGUGUCCACGGUGGCCUAUCGCCGUCAAUAACGCGCCUGGACCAGAUCCGCGUCAUCGAUCGCAAGAUGGAGACGCCCCACGAUGGCAGCAUGUGUGACCUAAUGUGGAGCGAUCCAGAAGAUCAAAUUGGCUGGAGUAUUUCUCCACGUGGAGCCGGCUAUCUCUUCGGCUACGACGUUGUUGCUGAAUUUAACAGAGUCAACGAUCUUGAUGUCAUCUGUCGGGCCCACCAGCUGGUCAUGGAGGGAUACAAAUGGCAUUUUGAGCAGACCGUACUGACCGUCUGGUCGGCACCCAACUAUUGCUAUCGUUGCGGCAAUGUGGCCGCUUUUCUGAAAUUGAACGAGAACCUGCAGCUUAGCUUUUCCAUCUUUCAUCCAGCUAAAGAGGCGACUCGCGGCGGCCCACCCCGGAUGAAUCCUCAAGCUGAGUACUUCCUCUAAGAGUUAUAGUCCUUAGUAUAGGAAUACCUUUAUUUUUGUGUGUUUUUUCCACCCUGAAGAAGUUAUGGAAAAGUUUUCUAUUAGUUUGUAUCAUUAAUAUAAUCCUUGGUGAAACUUGUGCAGAAUAUCACCACAAGAACACGAGAAUCUCAUAAGAGGCAACCAAAUGCAGAGACUCAACAACAAUAAAUAAGAACUAAAAGAAUAAACGAGCACAAAGAAUGAAUAUGAAUAAAAUACCACUAAAUAGGUAUAUAAUUAUCACAAAAUAUAUUGUUCACCAUGUAUCAGCCACU